CCCACUCUUUCUGGUUACCUUCUGUCCGCGACAUCCCCCGGGAAGCCAGAACUCUGUGGCUACUCAGGGGUUUUCAUACCGCGCCCUAAUGGAACUCCUGCGACGCCUGGUGCUGGGGAGCCUGAUGGUUGCUGGGACCACGGGGCUGGGGAUCGGGGCCUGGGCGCUGGCAACGCCGCGGGAGCAGCGCAGGCGGGAGAUAGCCAAGGAGCUGCCGGAGGCAAACCCCCUGCGCUGGGCGGAGAGGCGACACCAGAAUGAGCUGGUAAUGGCAGCAAUCAAAGAGGCAGCUGAAACAAAUGAGAAUGUGGCCCGGAGGUCUUCAUCGGACUGGAGCAAGUGACACUUGACCAUCACCCUCCCAAAUGGGAGCCAAGGCAACUGAAAGAACCAGCUGUGGCAAAUGUUAGUCAUAUCUUUUAAUGCAUCAUUCACAAAGAAGCCAGAUACCACGGGGAAUAGGGCUGUAUAAGAACCAGAAUGGAGCAGAGUUGGUGCUACUGCAAUACAAAGGAAUAAUGGUAAUGUUGAAUAAUAGUUAAUAUAGAUAAUAAAGUUUUUAUAUAAAUAAAAACUAAACUAA